UGGUUAAAGUGUGGUGGUGGUGGUGGGUUAGAGUUAGAGUUUGAAGUUAUGGGGGUAGGGUAGGGUUAGAACUUAAAAGUUAGGAUUUAGUUAGUUAAUUAUGAUUUAAUUAGGGUUAGAGAAGGUUAAUUAACCCUAAUAACUAACGGAAAUUUGACACCGUUAAUCAUUUAGGGUAAUUUGUACAUAUUGCCCCCAAAGUAAUAAUACCUGGUGCAUUAAAAAAAAGAGUAGUCGGCUUUAACUUUUAAGCGACUGGGCUUCCGCUUCCAUAGAGUGUUUGUGUUUUUUUUUUUUUUUUUUUUUUUUUUUUUUUUGACGGGGUGUUUUCUUGUUCUCAUCAACCAUGCGCAUGAUACUUCAAUUAAAAAGAUGGAAGCUUUUGCAGUACUUCAUUUUAGCAGAAUUUGAAAAAAAAAUGCAGGAUUCAGCAGAAUCCUUGGACUUCUUUAUAACCUUAAUCUUAAUCUGGGUAUUUCUAGCCCAAUUGCAGAAAAGAAAACUUCAAAGAAGAGUUGAGAACAAAUUCUUUUUAUUAUAUGAUAAGAAUCUCGUAGAUGAGGAAAGGAUGAAAAUUCAUCUCAAGAUAUCCAUUGCUUUACAUUCACACCAAUGUGGCUUAUUCAUAGAGAUUUUGGGUUAUCUCCUACAUUAUAUCCCACCUCAUUUAUACUGUUGCACCAAUUUUUCUGGGUACAAAAUUCUCUACAAUAGAUUUCUAAUUUUUUCCAAUUUCAGAGGAACUUUUCAAUCCCUUUUUAAUAAAAGGGAUAAUUAGAAAUUUUAUUGGGAAAUGACCACAUUGCUUCAUGGGGUGCUUUUUGCAAGAAUACAUGAGAUAGAUAGGCUUCAUGUGGGUUGUGGGUUGCCUUUGUUGAAACAGGGUGUUGAAGAUCCAAGAAGAGUAUGGAGAACACUAUUAUACAGAGCCAAAGGAUUUUGCUUUUGUGAUCCUAGACUUAUGGGUUUUAGACUAUAUGCCGCAGUUGAUCUGGAUAAGGCAAGAGUUGCACGCACAAAAAUCGUUCAUACACCUUUAAGGCCUCACUGGUCUCAGUCCUUUCGCAUCUAUUGUGCUCAUGAAGUGUCACAAAUUAUAUUAACAAUCAAAGAUGAAAAUCCAAUUAGUGCAACUUUAGUUGGAAGAGCUUAUUUAUCAGUUGAAGAAGUCAUUCAAGGUCGUCCAGUGGACAAAUGGCUGGAAAUAGUCGACGAGAGUGGGAAGUCAAUACGAUCCCAAAUCCAUGUCACUCUACAGUUUGUGGAUGUAACCCAAGAUCCAAACUGGUCUCGAGGCAUCCAAAAUCCACAGUAUGGAGGAGUCCCUUACACGUAUUUCACACAAAGACAGGGUUGUAAAGUCCGGCUUUACCAAGAUGUACAUGUGUCUGAUGAAUUCACCCCUGAGUUUAGGCUUUCUGGAGGUAAGACUUAUGAGCCACAUAGAUGCUGGGAAGAUAUAUUUGAUGCUAUUGUUAAUGCUAAAUUCCUGAUAUACAUAGCUGGGUGGUCUGUCAACACUACAAUAACCUUAAUAAGGGACCCACGCAGGCCAAAGGGAGGGGAUUUAGGCCGUCUUACACUAGGAGAACUUCUAAAAAAGAAAGCGCAGGAGAUAGGGAUGAGAGUUCUAGUACUUGUUUGGGAUGAUAUAACUUCAGAACCGUAUAAUAAACAAGGGAUAAUGGGGACCCAUGAUGAAUACACGGUCGCCUACUUUCGAAACUCAAAUGUACAAUGUAUUAAGAGUCCUAGAAAAGCUCACCACGGGUUAAGCUUGAUCCGGGGUGUUAAGGUUGAUUCUAUGCUCACACACCAUCAGAAGACAGUAGUCGUCGAUUAUGAGAACCCUGGAUCACAAAAGAGGGUUCUUGUGAGUUUUCUUGGAGGUAUUGAUGUUUGUGAUGGAAGAUAUGAUACACAAGAUCAUUCUCUUUUUAGGACAUUAAAUACAGUUCAUAAGGAGGACUUUCAUCAGCCUAAUUUUCCAGGAUCUUCCUUAAAGAAAGGUGGUCCAAGAGAGCCGUGGCAUGAUAUCCAUUGCAGACUAGAAGGACCUGUUGCAUGGGAUGUGCUGUAUAACUUUGAGCAAAGGUGGCAUAAGCAAGUUGGAAAGAAGUUCCUGUAUACAAUAGAUGAGCUUAGCGAAAGAAUAGCUAAACCAUAUGAAGUAAAACUUACUGCAGCUGAAGAAGAAGAAAACUGGAAUGUUCAGAUAUUCCGAUCCAUUGAUGGAGGAUCGGUGUUAGUUGAUAAAGAAGCAGGGUUAGGCUUCCCUUCAGACAAAGAAGAUGCAGCUCGGGUUGGCCUUAUUUGUGAUAAAAAUAGCAUCAUAGAUCGUAGCAUUCAGGACGGAUAUAUAAAUGCCAUCAGAAGAGCAAAAAACUAUAUAUACAUCGAAAAUCAGUACUUUCUUGGAAGUUCUUAUGCCUGGAAACCUGAUGAAGAUAUUGAUGCCUUGCAAAUUAUACCUAAAGAGUUGUCACUGAAGAUCAUCAGCAAGAUUGAAGCUGGAGAGAGAUUUUCAGUGUAUGUUGUAAUCCCUAUGUGGCCUGAAGGAGAACCUGAAAGUGGUGCUGUUCAGGCGAUACUAUAUUGGCAGAGGAGAACAAUGGAAAUGAUGUAUGCUGAUAUUGCUGCUGCUAUACAAAGCAAGCAGAUCAAUGCACAUCCAAAAGAUUAUUUAUCAUUCUUUUGUCUUGGCAAUCGCGAGGUUUUGAAACCUGGGGAGUAUGAACCUACAGAGAAGCCAGGGUCUGAUUCUAACUAUGCCAAAGCUCAGCACAAUAGACGCUUCAUGAUAUAUGUUCAUGCUAAAAUGAUGAUAGUCGAUGAUGAAUACAUCAUUAUUGGGUCCGCAAAUAUAAACCAAAGGUCGAUGGAUGGGGGAAGAGACACAGAGAUAGCAAUGGGAGCUUACCAACCACAACAUAUAUCAGGAAGUCUAUCAGCAAAGGGUCAGAUAUUUGGUUUUAGAAUGGCAUUGUGGUACGAGCACCUUCACCAGCUUCACGAAUCGUUUCUCUAUCCCGAGUCACUGGAAUGCAUGCAGAGAGUGAACAAACUUGCCGAGGAUAAUUGGAAUAUGUAUGCUAGUGAAGUUUUCGAUCAAGACUUGCCUGGUCACCUCCUUCGGUAUCCUAUUGAAGUCACUAACUUUGGACAUGUUACCUCACUUUCUGAUAUUGAAAAAUUCUUUCCUGACACCAAAGCUCAUAUACUUGGGACUAAGUCUGAACUUCUUCCUCCAAUACUUACUACUUAGAGACAUUCAAGAAUCAGAAUAUUGUUGUUUCGAUACAAGAUUUACAAGCCAAAAGGAUAUACUUGUUCUCGUCGUGUUUCAGUGACCAGAAUAUUCCAUAUUUCUUGUUGCAUCUCUUGCAAAGCGCAAAGCAUCAGUCGCGGAGCAGGCAAGCAAUGAAGCAACUGAUAUGUUUAAGAUCAGAGCUGCUAAAUACCCGGAAGAGCUGAUAUGUUCAAGGGAUUCUUUUUGUUUGUACCAAAAAGAUUAUCAAUUGAGUAAAAGUAAAUGAUCAAUAGCAAAGACAAGGAUUGAUGUACAUAACCAUGGUAAAUACAAAAUUCAUAAAUUUCUACUUGAAAGAAACUUGCAACCUCUGCUGCUGAUACUUUUAUCCUGCAUUCCUGCUUAUUUUCCUAUAUAUUUGAAUCAAAUUACAGAAGUUGU